AUUUACCUUACACCUUCAACCACAUCCGAAACUUCAACACCUCAAAUACUCAGCACUCGACAUCCAGUUUGCAUCUUCCCUAAACGAUCGUUCCAUCAUGCCUACAAAGGAAGUACUUGAUCAGUGGGAAGCCAUCUCCCCUACUGCUAAAGGCGAGGGGCCCCUUCAAGGCAGAACCAAUCCUGCUCAAUCUUUGGUAUCUACACACGAGUGUUUCGCUGCACAACCCAACGCCGGAGGAUGUACACAUCCUUACCACGAUGGGCGUCUCGAGCCUGAUCAGGACCGCGUUCGCAACAGCGGUGCUCGCACGCCCAACUCAAUUCACGCCGAUAUCGUCGCACAGAUAGAAGCGAAGCGAGAGCGAAAGGAGUCAGAAGCAGCCGAGAACAAAAGAAAGCAGUCCGAGAUUACAAAUAAGUAAAGUCGAAAUGGAAAACCUGAUAGGAGGUGCUAGUAAGGUAUGCACUUUCGGUGCUUCAAGAUGUCAGAGUACCUGCUGGCAGGGUUAACAAUGAUUCGUCGCUGGUUGUAGCAAAUCAUAAAACAUGGGUAUAGUUUGCUACAAUACAAGGUUCUCAUCAUUUCUAUUUAAGCUCCGAGCUUAUUAUUCGCGUGGAACGAUGGGUACCGUGUAGUCUGGCACAAUAAAGUAAAAAAGGAUAUAGAUCGUUAACAUUCUCCUUUGUUAUAUC